AUGCAACUCUUUGGCCCCUCAUUCCUGCUCCUUGAAUACUUGGCUUUCUCUGACUCAAAGCUGUGGACGUUUGACCACCCUGACACUGUCUACUCCUGGGAGGGGGCUUGUGUCUGGAUUCCCUGCCUCUACAAAAUCCUAGAAGGCACAGGAUCUUUGGACAACCUUACCGUGUACCACAAUUAUGAGUAUGACAGCAACAUCAAGGACUUUACGGGGACCAUCCUCUAUAAGACCCAAAAGGUUCCUCUACGCUCAGAGAGGGUACAGUUCCUGGGAAACAACAAAGACAACUGCAGCCUGUUCAUCCAGCCGGUGCACGUCAAGGACAGUGGUCAGCUGGGGCUGAGGAUGGUAUCAGGAGAUAAGAAAUGGAUGGAGAACGUAAACCUCAAUGUCUCUGAAAGGCCUCCUCCACCUCACAUUCAGCUCCCUCUGGAAAUCCGAGAGUCCCAGGAAGUCGCUCUGACCUGCUGGCUGAAUUUCACCUGCCCUCAGUACCCGAUCCAAUUGCAGUGGUCACUGGACAACUCAGCUGUAAACUCAACCUCCCUGAGCACCAAGACUGUCUCUGUAGAGAGCAAGCUCACAUUCUGUCCUCAGUGGGCUGAUCAUGGGAAGAACCUGAGCUGCCGGCUCGAGAACUCUGUCACAAAGGAGGUGCUCUCGCAGAAAACGGUGUGGCUGGAUGUGAAGCACCUUCCAAAGCUGGAGAUCGAGGUCAGUCCCAGAGAAGCCAUUGUAACGGAGGGGGCAUCUGUGACCAUGACAUGCCGUAUCAUCAGCAGCAACCCAGAGUAUCAAACUAUAUUCUGGUUCAAGGAUAGCACCCGGCUACAGAAGCAGAAGACAGCCACACUGACUCUGUCCAAAGUGACCAAGGAAGAGAGUGGAAAGUACCACUGUCAGGUCCUCAAUGCUAUGGGCUCAAGAGAUUCCAAAGAUGUAUUCCUCCAAGUGCAGUUUGCUCCAGAACCUUCCAGUGUUAAGAUUGACCCCUUGCCUGCUAAAGAGGGAAAUACAGUGCAGCUGACUUGUAUAUCACAAGCCAAUCCUUCUCCGACAAAUUACACCUGGUAUCACAAUGGGAAAGUCCUGGGAAGGACAGAAAAGAAUUUCCAGAUCCCAAACAUCCUCCUUCAGCAUGCUGGGAAUUAUUCUUGCCUGGCAGAAAACAGUCUUGGUACUGGACAGAUUGGCCUGGAAGCUGAGUUGGAUGUCCAAUAUCCCCCCAAGGGGGUGACCAUGAUGAUUCAGAGUCCAACACCAGUUCGAGAAGGAGACAAUGUGAUCCUGGUCUGUAACUACAAUUCCAGUAACCCUAGAGUUACCAAAUAUCAAUGGAAAUCCCAAUUUUACAGGAAUGAGUCAUUCUCUGAGGUGCUGAUGAUUCAGAAAGUUACCUGGAAUGCCAGCCCAAUCACUUGCCUAGCCUGUAACCUCUGGUGUUCACAGUCUCCCUCUAUCACCCUGAAUGUCCAAUAUGCCCCCAAAGAUGUCAGAGUCCUGAAGGUCAGCCCCAGUACUGAGAUCCACUCUGGGCAGCAGGUCCUCCUUCAGUGUGACUUCUCAAGCAGCCACCCUACAAAUGUUAGCUUCUUCUGGAAGAAAAAUGGAAGCCUUCUGGAGGAAGGAAAAGAACUGAGAUUUGACUCCAUCUCCCCAGAAGACGCUGGAAAUUACAACUGCUUGGUCAAGAACUCCAUAGGGCAGACCACUUCUGAGACCUGGAUGCUCCAAGUGCUGUAUGCACCGAGGCAGCUGCGGGUGUCCAUCGCUCCGAAAGACAGCGUGAUGGAGGGGAAGAAGGCAGUCCUGACGUGCGAGAGCGAUGCCAACCCUCCUGUCUCUCAGUACGCCUGGUUUGACUGGAACAACCAAAACCUCCACAAUGCUGCUCAGACAUUGAGACUGGAGCCUGCAAAGGUCCAGCACUCGGGUGCCUAUCGGUGCCAGGGGGCCAACCAGCUGGGCACGGGCCAGUCACCACCCAGCACCCUCACUGUCUACUAUAGCCCAGAGACCGUGGGCAAGAGAGCGGCUGUGGGGAUUGGGGCCUGCCUGUCCAUCCUCAUCCUGGCAAUUUGGGGGUUCAAGCUUCAGAGAGGCUGGAAGAAGAUUCAAGCCCAGCAGGAGCUUCAGGAAAAUUCCAGUGGGCAGAGCUUCUUUGUCAGGAAUAAAAAGGUUAGAAGGGCCCGCUUCUCUGAAGUGCCCCACUCCCUGGGAUGUUAUAAUCCAGCGAUGGAAGAUAGCAUUAGCUACGCUGCCUUGCGCUUUCCUGUUGAUGAGACUGACACAUCAGGCACCGGUGACGCGGGGACUUCAGACAGUAUCCCAAAUAGGGAGGACAUGGUCACUUAUUCUGUGGUGCAGAAACAUCGAGUGGGAGACUAUGAGAAUGUGGCUCCAGGUUUUCCAGAAGAUGAGGGGUUACAUUAUUCGGAGCUGGUUCAUUUUGGGGCUGGGGAGCGGCCUCCCACCCGGGAAGAAGUGGAAUACGUGACUCUCAAGCCCUGA